AUGCCAUCCCUACCAACAGAAGCCUCAAACGUAGCUCGUGACGUUGCGUUCACCUUGAUCAACCGAGCAACUGGUAGCAAAGUCACCAGCUCCGGUAGAGGCGUUCGGUCCACUGCCAGAGCCAUCGGAGGCGGUAUCAUCGCGGCCAUUGUUAUUGCUUGCGUAGUUGGUAUCGCCGCCAUCAUCCUCGCCAUCUUUUUCUUCCGUCGACACAAGAGACAACGUCAAAUCCGCGACAAGGAGAUGCAAAAAUACUAUGGCGACAACCGUUCAAGCAUGGGCUCUAGCAACUACAACCCCAACACGGCAAACAACACUACCGCGAACCCACAGGGUGGCUACAAUUAUGGCCAAGGAUACGGGUAUGCGCACACUGCCACGCCCGGUCAGUACGGAUACGGAGCACAGAACGGCAGCGGCGUCACUGGAGUUCCACCGGCGCACACUGCGGAUCAUGUCACCACCAAAUAA